AUGAAGCUUUUCGUGUUUUGGCUAGCAUGUGCUUUUUCUCUUCUAGCUUCUUCCUUGGCUUCUGCUGCUACAGUGGAACAUACUUUCAAUGUGCAAAACAAGACUAUCAAACGUUUGUGCAAAGAGCAAGUGAUUGUCACAGUCAAUGGACUUUUCCCUGGCCCAACGAUAAGUGUCAGGGAAGGUGAUACUGUGAUUGUUCACGUAUUCAACAAGUCACCCUACAAUAUCACCAUUCAUUGGCAUGGAGUACGUCAGCUCUUUACUGCCUGGGCAGAUGGUCCUGAAUAUAUAACUCAAUGCCCAAUUAGUCCAGGAAAAAAUUAUACCCAUAAAUUCAACGUGACAGAUCAAGAAGGAACAUUAUGGUGGCAUGCUCACACGUCUUUUUUACGUGCCACAGUUCAUGGUGUUUUCAUUAUUCGCCCUCGUUCGGGUCGAUUUCCAUUUCCUAAACCUUACAAGCAAGUUCCAAUAAUAUUAGGUGAUUGGUUUAACGGUAAUAUUAUGGAUAUUGUGACCCAAAUACUUGCCACCGGCGGCUUAAGAAUAUCUGAUGCCUUCACCAUCAAUGGUUUGCCCGGUGAUCUCUUCAAUUGUUCUCAAAAUCAGACAUACAAACUAAGGGUGAAGCGAGGAAAGACGUACUUGUUACGAAUGGUCAACGCUGCACUCAAUAACAAUCUUUUCUUCAAGAUAGCCAAUCACAAGUUCACAGUUGUUGCUGUUGAUGCUACAUACACGAAAAAAUAUGUAACCGACGUCAUUGUCAUAGCCCCUGGCCAGAGCGCUGAUGUGCUUUUAAAAGCUGACCAACCCAUAGGUUCAUACUACAUGGCUGCUUCUCCUUACGUUGUUGGCGAACCGCUGCCGCUCUUUGAUAAGACGACAACUCGGGGCAUUGUCGUUUACCACGGUGACAAAACAUCAUCGAAGCCUGUGAAGGUAGCACUACCACCCUUCAACGACACGCCAACAGCUCACAAAUUCUUCAGUAACAUAACUGGCUUGGUGGGGGGCCCACAUUGGGUCCCUGUCCCACUUGAGGUGGAUGAGCACAUGUUCAUCACCGUUAACGUAAACAUACAAAGGUGUCCCGCGAAUGCCACGUGUCAAGGUGCACUCCAACAGAAAUUCUCUUCAAGCAUGAACAACGAGUCCUUUGUGCUUCCCAUUGGGAGAGGGUUCUCUAUAAUGGAGGCAUUCUUUCACAACGUGAGUGGUGUGUACACUUCAGAUUUCCCUGACAACCCUCCAGUGGUUUUUGAUUUCACAAACCCCAAAAUCAGUUUGAACCCGAACCUUUUAUUUGCUCCAAAAUCAACCAAGGUGAAGAAACUCAAGUUUAAUUCAACGGUGGAGAUUGUGUAUCAAAAUACAGCCAUUUUGAAUGCGCAAAGCCAUCCCAUGCACAUUCAUGGUUUUAAUUUCCAUGUUUUGGCUCAAGGGUUUGGGAAUUUCAAUUCCAACAGAGACAAAGCCAAGUAUAAUUUGGUGAAUCCUCAAAGACGCAACACAAUUGCUGUGCCUGCAGGAGGGUGGGCUGUCAUCAGAUUCCAAGCAGACAAUCCAGGAGUAUGGUUUGUGCAUUGUCAUGUGGAAGAUCAUAUGUUAUGGGGACUGAACACGGCAUUCGAGGUUGAGAAUGGACCAACUCCUUCAACUUCUCUCCCUCCACCACCUCCUGAUCUACCUAAAUGUUAG